UACUUGAAGAUAUACAUCAACAGGAUAUUGUUGAUGAAGAAUCAUUACCUGAUAAUUUCUUCGAAGAUUCUAAUAAUUCAAAUGAUAAUUUCAAAGAUCAACUAUUUGAAUCAAAUGAACCUGGGUCUAUAGUAUCGAAUAAACCUAAACUUCUAAUGUCAAAUGAAUCUGAACUAUCAGUGUUAAAUGAACCUGAAUCUUUGAUAUCGAAUGAACCUGAGCCUUCAAUAUUGGAUCAUUCCGAAUCUUCAUU